UUCUCACAGAUCACACCCUGGCAGGUAAUGGCUAUGGAAAAUGACUCUUCAGUGACAGAGUUCAUCCUGGUAGGAUUUACAGACCGACCUCAGCUCCAGUUACCCCUUUUCUUUCUCUUUUUACUGAACUAUGUGGUCACUAUGGUAGGAAAUUUGAGCCUAGUUAAUCUAAUAUGCCUGAAUUCUCACCUGCACACUCCCAUGUACUUUUUCAUCUUCAACUUAUCCUUCAUAGAUUUCUGCCACUCUUUGGUCAUUACCCCUAAAAUGCUGAUGAGCUUUGUGUCAGAGAAGAACAUCAUUUCCUUUACAGAAUGCAUGACUCAGCUGUUUUUCUUCUGUUUCUUUGUGCAUUCUGAGUGCUAUGUGUUGACAGCCAUGGCCUAUGAUCGCUACGUGGCCAUCUGUAAACCUCUGGUGUACACGGUCACCAUGUCCCCUCAGGUCUGUUCUCUGCUGAUGUUUGCUUCUUAUGUGAUGGGGUUUGCUGGUGCCAUGAUCCACACAGGGGACAUGGUCAGAUUGUCCUUUUGUGAUUCUAACAUCAUCAACCAUUACAUGUGUGACAUCUUCCCCCUCCUCCAGCUCUCCUGCAGUGGCACCUAUGCCAGUGAGUUGCUGAAUUCCAUUAUUGUGAGCACAGUUGUCAUAAUAUCCGGCUUCAUUAUUUUCAUUUCUUAUGCUUUGGUCCUGUCCAAUGUCCUCCACAUCUCAUCAGCUCAGGGUUGGCCCAAAGCCUUCAGCACCUGUGGCUCCCACAUAGUAACUGUGGGUCUGUUCUAUGGGUCUGGGUUGUUCACACAUCUCAAGACCUCUCCUUCUGAUUCUGUGGACCAGGGGAAGUUCUCAGUAUUUUACACCAAUGUAAUACCCAUGUUGAACCCCCUCAUCUAUAGUCUAAGGAACAAGGAUGUCAAAUGUGCUCUGAAAAAAACCCUGAAGAGAAUUGCAAACUAA